CAUCCCGCAUCGCGACCCCCCGAGUUUUGAAUACUUGGCAUAUCUCCCAGCUUCUUUGUGCUCGCGAUGAUGUCCAGUGCUCUGGUGCUCGUGCUGUGUGCGCUCGCCGCCUUCACAGCCACGGCCAUCCAGCGAUACGGUAAGUGCCAUCUGCACAACGGAUGCAGGGAGGCACGGAGAGAGCUCGGCAGCAAGUAUCUAGCCAGACAAGCUGCAGGGAAAAGGCGGGGGAGAAAAUGUAUCCGUAUAGCGGCACGAAUCUGCCCAGAUCUGCCAGAUCUAUGACUUUCGCUCCACAAGCGUUCUUUGUGUACCUUUGUGGUGUGCAGGGAACGGCCCGGCUUCCUUCGCGGAGUCUUCUAAGGCCAUCGAAGGCGUUGGCAGCUACCAAGGUCAGCACAAGGCUGACAACAAGUGCUAGCAGCAGCGGGCUCACUCUGUGUGGCGUGUGUGUUGUGUUGGUGUUGGUGUGUUCAGGUGCUGUGUCGGCUAUGGCGUUGUCGGCGCUGCGGCAGCAGAUCCAGACCGGCAUGGCCCUCUCCCAGUCGGCCAACAAACUCACCAGUGCCGCCAUCGAGAUGACCGCCGAGGCGCUCAGGGCCAUCGACAGGGCAGAGGAUGCCAUUAGCAUGGGCAUCACACGAGGCCGCAAGGGUACACACAGGCAGGCACUCACAGCUGAUAUGGAAAAAGCAGAGAUCUGUCUGCCUUGUGGAUGCCUUGUGGAUGGAUGGAUGGAUGUAGCUUACGGCGGUGCUGACGAGCCCCAGCCCUAUGGCGGCGGCAAGACCUUCAGCGGCAUUUCGGAUAGCAUGUAUGGACGCGACAAGUACAUGACAGGGUAUUCGGCGAAAGACUACAACAAAAAAGUCGGAGAUUGGGCCAAAAGCAAAGGCAGCAACUUCGACAAGUACUAUGGCCACCUCGUCGACAGCACGGGGCAGCCCAAGAACAAGGCCGCCGCGUACCAACUCCAGAACCAGGCCGCCUACGACGCGAGGGUACGGUUGGACAGGAGGGUGAAUCGAUAUGUCCAUCACACGUGUGUGUGUGCGUGCGUGUGUGUUGUUCCUUUUUAGAAGAAGGGAGGAAGGUGGUAGGAGGAGCUCCUGCCAUCCAUCCCUUGCCAUACUUGUUGUUAGACCUCGUUUAGAAUAGCUGGGGGAGAGAGGGGGAGGGGCGGGCUGGAGAGAGAGAGAGAGAGAGAGAGAGAGAGAC